AUGCAGCCCCUGACCAUACAGCCCCUGACCAUACAGCCCCUGACCAUACAGCCCCUGACCAUGCAGCCCCUGACCAUGCAGCCCCUGACCAUGCAGCCCCUGACCAUGCAGCCCCUGACCAUACAGCCCCUGACCAUACAGCCCCUGACCAUACAGCCCCUGACCAUACAGCCCCUGACCAUACAGCCCCUGACCAUACAGCCCCUGACCAUACAGCCCCUGACCAUACAGCCCCUGACCUCUGAGAUUCCAAAAGAUCGCAAAGCUGGCGUGGUCAUCUUCCUCUUCAAAGGGGGAGAAGGUCACGCUUCCAUCAGACAGCCACAUCUCCCCACCACAGAGGUCACGCUUCCAUCAGACAGCCACAUCUCCCCCACCACAGAGGUCACCACAGAGGUCACCACAGAGGUCCCCACAGAGGUCACGCUUCCAUCAGACAGCCACAUCUCCCCACCACAGAGAGGUCACCCGCCCAUCAGACAGCCACAUCUCCCCCACCACAGAGGUCACCACAGAGGUCACCCUCCCAUCAGUCAGCCACAUCUCCCCACCACAGAGGUCACCACAGAGGUCACCCUCCCAUCAGGCAGCCACAUCUCCACCACCACAGAGGUCACCCUCCCAUCAGGCAGCCACAUCUCCACCACCACAGAGGUCACCACAGAGGUCACCCUCCCAUCAGGCAGCCACAUCUCCCCACCACAGAGGUCACCCUCCCAUCAGACAGCCACAUCUCCCCACCACAGAGGUCACGCUUCCAUCAGACAGCCACAUCUCCCCACCACAGAGGUCACCCUCCCAUCAGGCAGCCACAUCUCCCCACCACAGAGGUCACCCUCCCAUCAGACAGCCACAUCUCCCCACCACAGAGGUCACGCUUCCAUCAGACAGCCACAUCUCCCCACCACAGAGGUCACCACAGAGGUCACCCUCCCAUCAGUCAGCCACAUCUCCCCAACCACAGAGGUCACCCGCCCAUCAGACAACUCGUCUCCUCAGGCUCUACCUGUGAGAGUUCCAGUCCCCUCCGACCAGCGUCUCCUCAGGCUCUACCUGUCAGAGUUCCAGUCCCUUCCGACCACCAGCGUCUCCUCAGGCUCUACCUUGUCUCCUCAGGCGCUACCUGUGAGAGUUCCAGUCCCCUCCGACCACCAGCGUCUCCUCAGGCGCUACCUGCUCUACCUGUCAGAGUUCCAGUCCCUUCCGACCACCAGCGUCUCCUCAGGCUCUACCUGUGAGAGUUCCAGUCCCCUCCGACCAGCGUCUCCUCAGGCUCUACCUGUGAGAGUUCCAGUCCCCUCCGACCAGCGUCUCCUCAGGCUCUACCUGUCAGAGUUCCAGUCCCUUCCGACCACCAGCGUCUCCUCAGGCUCUACCUGCUCUACCUGUGAGAGUUCCAGUCCCCUAGGACCACCAGCGUCUCCUCAGGCUCUACCUGUGAGAGUUCCAGUCCCCUCCGACCACCAGCGUCUCCUCAGGCUCUACCUCGUCUCCUCAGGCUCUACCUGUGAGAGUUCCAGUCCCCUCCGACCAGCAUCUCCUCAGGCUCUACCUGUGAGAAUUCCAUUACCCUCCGACCAGCGUCUCCUCAGGCUCUACCUGUCAGAGUUCCAGUCCCCUCCGACCACCAGCGCUCUACCUGUGAGAGUUCCAGUCCCCUCCGACCACCAGCGUCUCCUCAUGCUCUACCUGUCAGAGUUCCAGUCCCCUCCGACCACCAGCGUCUCCUCAGGCUCUACCUGCUCUACCUGUGAGAGUUCCAGUUCCCUCCGACCAGCAUCUCCUCAGGCUCUACCUGUGAGAAUUCCAGUCCCCUCCGACCAGCGUCUCCUCAGGCUCUACCUGUCAGAGUUCCAGUCCCCUCCGACCACCAGCGCUCUACCUGUGAGAGUUCCAGUCCCCUCCGACCACCAGCGUCUCCUCAUGCUCUACCUGUCAGAGUUCCAGUCCCCUCCGACCACCAGCGUCUCCUCAGGCUCUACCUGUGAGAGUUCCAGUCCCCUCCGACCAGCGUCUCCUCAGGCUCUACCUGUCAGAGUUCCAGUCCCCUCCGACCACCAGCGUCUCCUCAGGCACUACCUGUGA